CCCUGCACUGAAUGCACCAUUCACUUUUUUCAAUUUUUACAGCAUUCAUUCCAGAGCAUGGCUCAAGACUACAUGGAAAUGGUGCCAAAGAUGAUAUGGGCAUCCAUUGGCUUGCUGGCCUCCUUAUCCCUUUCAUCAGGCAUGAUGAUAGCUAGCAAAGGGAGUACAGGGAUCUAUACACCUCCACCACCAGGUUCACGCGACAGCCCCAUUCCUCCGGAAGAUAUCCAGAGGUCAUUUGGGCUUCCGAAUUCCAACCAGUUCCCAGCAUACGAUAACUACCCCAUGUCCAAAGGUGGCACUCCGCAGAAUCGUGGCGGAGCCCCAAUGUCAUUCGCUGACUUCCAGCUGCCACCGGUUCCUCCUCCAUCCGACAUCUACUCACUAACCAAAAGUUCCGGCAGCUCUCGGACGCUUACAGGCGUUAAUGACACUCAAGGAUCCCCCAGUGCCGAUUCGCCGGACUUGGCGUACUGCAACAUGAUCCUAGAAGCACCGAUACCACCGACUGCGGACCAGGUGCCGUGGUUCUGCACCUGCACCCUGUGCAAAGGAGGUACCAAGGGUCCAAAGGGGGACAAAGGAGACAGGGGAUUGACAGGUCCACCUGGCAGUCCAGGAAGAAGAGGUGUUACCGGUUACCAAGGACCUCCAGGUUUCACAGGCCGCCAAGGAGUCAAGGGCGAGAAAGGUGACGAAGGUGCGAAAGGACAGCAGGGUCCGGUGGGUUUAUUGGGACUGAAGGGAGAACGUGGAACAAAAGGUGAUAAAGGGGACAUGGGUGCCGAUGGAAAGCGAGGCGACCAAGGGCCUCAGGGCGAACCUGGGCAGUGCCCUGCCUCGUGUCAAGCUACUUCCGGGCCUCCGGGAGUAGCCGGUUUGCCGGGAAUUGUCGGUCCGAGAGGUCUUCCAGGGACCGCAGGAAUCUCUGGGCCUGCAGGCCAGAAGGGGGACCCUGGUGCAGAUGGCGCCCCGGGAAAGCCAGGUCUAAAUGGACAGAAAGGAGACCAAGGAGAUCAGGGUUUGUGCAACUGCAAGGAUGGGGAGAAAGGUGCCGAGGGAAUUCAGGGGCCUUUAGGGAUGAAAGGUGACCAAGGGGAUGUUGGUCCCACUGGUCUUGCAGGAGUAGAUGGUCAAAAAGGUGACAAAGGAGAUGAAGGAAUAAUAGGUCCGCCUGGUCCUUGCUCUCCUGCCAUCCAGUCGGCUUUCUCAGCAAGACUGGAAAACAUUUACCCAGUGCCAGAUUUGCCAAUUCCCUUCACCGGCGUUAUGUACAAUUUGCAGUUUCACUUUGACCCUGAUAGAGGUGUCUACAAGGCCCCUGUCAAUGGCACCUAUGUCUUCAGCUACCAUUUGGUAGUCUUCACCAAGGUACUUAAAGUGGGUUUGUUCCAUAACUUCUUGCCCAUUGUAAAAAGCACAGAAAUGGUCAACCUGGGACUAGCCGCCCAGCAGGUGAUCCUGCAUCUAAACAUGGGUGACGAAGUGUGGCUCCAGGUGAAGGACACGGCUAAUAACGGUAUGUUUACCAGCAGCGAGUCCUCUAGCACUUUCUCAGGCUUCCUGCUUUACCCAGACAGCUGCGACGAACCGUUUUCCCGAGACAUGAUUCUGCCUUUGAAAGGGGUAUACUCUUGGGGUGAACUGCCUGAUGCGCCCACUCCUACUCCAGAAACUGUGGGUCCUUAGAUAUUUCCUUUAGAUAUACAUAUAUGAUCAUCUUCUUAGGCACAUACUGUACACAUACACAAACACUCUAUAGGAAACUACAUAUCAGUACCUCUUAUAGAUCACAACUUCUGGUUUACUUGGAUCUGUGGUCAAGAGUAGUCGCUCUAGACAUUGUUUUAAAAUCUGAACUUGUCGUUUUGUGGUAGAUAUUGCCGAAAAUCAGUGGCGUGCAGUUAAUAUAGUGGGUACCCCUUCUGCAACACCCACCUACCCCCUCCACACAUAGAUUUAUAUUAGAACUACAUAUUCUUUGUCUCGACUUAAUUAGCUAUAUGAGCUUAAUGCACAUUAACAGCCCAAAAAUACAACAGCUACAAACUACAAAAUCAAUGCAAUGCUUGAUUUUCCUACAAGUACAGCAGUUUUGAUUGGUCAAAACAGCUGUCAGUCAGAUAAGAGUCCUGUAGCAACUGAAAAACACAGACUAAUGCUUUAAAUUAGUUGCUGUUUUUUAUUUUAGUUAAUUUAUAAAAUAUAUACUUAUAGUUUACAAUAACUAUAAUAUAUAUAUAUAUAUAUAUAUUUCCUGAUUAAAUAUUAUGUAAUGAUUUACAUGCACCUAUUGUCACCCUUUCUCUGAAGGGUUAGAAGGGCCUCACUGUACACCACUGCCGAAUAUACACUACCGGUAAAAAGUUUUAGAACAUCCCUAAUUGUUUGGUACUCCUGUGGCUGAAACUGAGACUCAGUUCUUAAUCAUGUUAAUCUCAGCUAAAGGCUAAAGCUGAUGUUUCCAUGUGGGUCAGCCCGACGUGACUCUUCCUGUAGCAGUUUUUUUCCAAGUGUUUCCAAAAGUCUUUAUUUGAAGGUGUAGGAAACAGUACUCACUGCUCUAUGGCUUCAUCUGUAAUUUUUCUAAAAGAAAUACUUUCUAGUAAUCAUGAUGAAAGCCUAAAUGGCUUGUUUCCUAAAAAGCAGUUUAUUAAUUUUCGGCGUUUAGGUGACGCUCUUAUCCAGAGCGACUUACAGGGUUAUUUCUAUUACAGAGUUGAGGCAAUGUAGUGUUUCUUAUUGGUCUUGCCCAGCAUAGUUACCCAGACCUGGAACUGAACCCCAGUCUCCUACAUGAUGUGGUAGCUCACAAGCAGAUGGUGGUGUUAUCCACUGUGCCACACCAACAGCAUUCAGCAUUUUUUUUUUUUCUAAAAGCCCUAGCCGUUUGCUGCUAACUUUUGUGCUAUUUAAGUUCACUGGAUUUUUGUUUUACAUAUAUACAGCUCUGGAAAAAAGAGACCACUUAAACAUAACAGGUUUCUUUGAUUUUACCAAAUUAAAAUCCUCUGGAAUAUAAUAUAAGAGGAAGAUGGAUGAUCACAAGCCAUCAAACCACCAAACUGAACUGCUUGAAUUUUUGCACCAGGAGUAAAGCAGCAUAAAGUUAUCCAAAAGCAGUGUGUAAGACUGGUGGAGGAAGAGAACAUGAUGCCAAGAUGCGUAAUUUAAAACUGUGAUUAAAAAACAGGGGUUUUGUUAUGUCAACCGUUUCUCAUUUUCUGUAAAUAAAUGCUCUAAAUGACAAUAUUUUUAUUUGGAAUUUGGGAGAAAUGUUGUCUGUAGUUUAUAGAAUAAAACAACAAUGUUCAUUUUACUCAAACAUAAACCUAUAAAUAGCAAAAUCAGAGAAACUGAUUCAGAAACUGAAGUUCUCUCUUAAUUUUUUUCCAGAGCUGUAUCUAUAAAGGGGAUGUUAAAAAACUUUUAAUCAGAAUU